CCGCACUUCCGGAGGCCUGGGGAGUCACAAAUCACAUUGAGCCACAACCGUCCAGUGUUUUCUUCAGUUCCAAACGAAAUGAAUAUUCCCAAGCUGCUACAACAUCCUCACCAGCAUUUCCUAAAAGGCCUUUUAAGAUCCCCUUUCCGACCUUACCACUUCAUCUUUCACUCGAGUGCUCAUCUCGGAUCAGGAAUGCCACCUGCUCAGCCAUUUAAUUCUCUUGGACUCCAUUGUACAAAGUGGAUGCUGCUGUCAAAUGGUUUAAAGAGAAAAUUGUGUGUACAAACAACCUUAAAGGAGCACACGGAAGGAUUUUCUGAUAAGGAACAAAGAUUUGUGGAUAAACUUUAUACUGGUUUAAUCCAAGGGCAAAGGGCCUGCUUAGCAGAAGCCAUAACUCUCAUAGAAUCAACUCACAGCAGGAAAAAAGAGUUAGCCCAGGUGCUCCUCCAGAAAGUGUUAGUCUACCACAGAGAACGGGAACAAUUAAACAAGGGAAAACCACUAGCGUUUCGAGUAGGAUUGUCUGGGCCCCCUGGUGCUGGAAAAUCAACCUUUAUAGAAUAUUUUGGAAAAAUGCUUACUGAGAGAGGGCACAAAUUAUCUGUGCUGGCUGUGGACCCUUCUUCUUGUACUAGUGGAGGAUCACUCUUAGGUGAUAAAACCCGAAUGACUGAGUUAUCAAGAGAUAUGAAUGCAUACAUCAGGCCGUCUCCUACUAGAGGUACUUUAGGAGGUGUGACAAGGACCACAAAUGAAGCUAUUCUGUUGUGUGAAGGGGGAGGAUAUGACAUCAUUCUUAUUGAAACCGUAGGUGUGGGUCAGUCAGAGUUUGCUGUUGCUGAUAUGGUUGACAUGUUUAUUUUGCUACUGCCACCAGCAGGAGGAGAUGAAUUACAGGGCAUCAAAAGAGGUAUAAUUGAGAUGGCAGAUCUGGUAGCUAUAACUAAAUCCGACGGAGACUUGAUUGUGCCAGCUCGAAGGAUACAAGCAGAGUACGUGAGCGCACUGAAAUUACUCCGCAGGCGUUCGAAAGUCUGGAGACCAAAGGUAAUUCGUAUUUCUGCCAGAAGUGGAGAGGGCAUCACUGAAAUGUGGGAUAAAAUGAAAGAAUUCCAGGACCUAAUGCUUGCCAGUGGGGAGCUGAGUGCCAAGCGACAGAAGCAGCAGAAAGUUUGGAUGUGGAAUCUCAUUCAGGAAAGUGUGUUAGAACAUUUCAGGACUCAUCCCACAGUCCGGGAACAGAUUCCUCUUCUGGAAAAAAAGGUUCUCAGUGGGGCCCUGUCCCCAGGACUAGCAGCAGACUUGUUGUUGAAAGCUUUUCAAAGCAGAGACUAAUAAAAUUUAUCCUAUGCAAUAAUUCGAUAUGUCAUUUCAUAAAGUAUUUUAAUAUUAAAAGUCACUUGGGUGCUUAUAUUUUCAGUAA